UUGCAAGUCGUACUCAAAUCGAUUUUGUGUGCAAUGGCACCACUUUUGCAAAUCGGCUUGCUUGUGCUGUUCGCUAUUGUGAUCUUCGCCAUCAUCGGGCUUGAGUUCUACUCAGGAGCUUUUCACUCAGCUUGCUAUACUGAGCGGGGUGAGAUCGAGAACGUCAGUGAGAGGCCCUCACCUUGCACCAAUAAAAGUAAGCAUGUCACUAUGGGUGUUUAUAAUUGCGACGUACCUGGAACUACCUGUUUAAAUCAGUGGAUAGGGCCGAAUUAUGGCAUUACUUCAUUCGACAAUAUCGCAUUCGCCAUGAUUACCGUAUUUCAAUGUAUUACCAUGGAAGGAUGGACCACAGUAAUGUAUUAUACCAACGAUUCGUUGGGAAGCACCUACAACUGGGCAUAUUUUAUUCCGCUUAUCGUGCUGGGAUCGUUUUUCAUGCUGAAUCUUGUACUCGGAGUUCUGUCAGGAGAAUUUGCAAAAGAAAGAGAAAGAGUGGAGAAUCGCCGCGAGUUUCUGAAGCUUCGACGACAGCAGCAGAUUGAGCGCGAACUUAACGGUUACCUCGAAUGGAUCAUGGCUGCCGAAGAAGUAAUACUUAAAGAAGAUAGAACGACGGAAGAAGAGAAACAAGCAAUUCUCGACGGUAAGCGGCGUGCACGAGAGAAUGGUGAAGUUUUAGGGUUCGUUACGGUACAGAAAUGUGCAGGAGGCUUGUUUUUGCAGCAUGGAUUGUUCUCAAAGGAUGAGACAUGGCGUUUUUUUGCGAGCCGUCGCCGAGCGGAGACGAAGAAGAAGAUGAAAGACGCGUCUAAACAGCAGUCAACGGAGACGGAGGAGGACCUUGAGGAAGAGGAGGAGGAGGUGGACGAGGAGUACGACGACGAGGGAGGCGAGCCAGGAGAAGAUUACGGUAGAUGCGCGAAAGCUGUGCAUGACGUCGUUAUGCACUCGCACGCUCUCACGACUGUCAAGUUUACCGAUCAAGUCGGCUUGUUCACACAGAGACGACGUCGCGGAUGUUACUACUGCAUCUGUAAAAGAAUUCGUAAGGCCAGGUUAGCCGACCUUAACGUACUGGCUCUCGGUGUAAUCAAGAAAUUCAGAAUCCAAAUACGGGUAAUAGUGAAGACGCAGGUAUUCUAUUGGUCUGUAAUCACACUGGUCUUUCUCAACACGGCCUGCGUCGCAUCAGAGCAUUACGGGCAGCCACCAUGGCUCACGAAAUUUUUACGUGAGUACUGUUGA